AUCCUGGCCCCCCCUGCAAAAGUGGGGUGCGGAGGGGGGAGGGGUGAGAACCCGCGGAGGGGAGGAAGGAAACUCCGAUGAAGUCAGAGCCCCUUACCCGCCGACGCGGCCAGGCCCCCCAACAUGGACUGUCUCUGUAUAGUGACAACCAAGAAAUACCGCUACCAAGAUGAAGACACGCCCCCUCUGGAGCACAGCCCGGCCCACCUCCCCAACCAGGCCAACUCUCCCCCUGUGAUUGUCAACACAGACACUCUAGAAGCCCCCGGAUAUGAGUUGCAGGUGAACGGGACAGAGGGGGAGAUGGAGUACGAGGAGAUCACAUUGGAAAGGGGUAACUCAGGUCUGGGCUUCAGCAUCGCAGGAGGUACCGACAACCCCCACAUCGGUGACGACCCAUCCAUUUUCAUCACCAAGAUCAUUCCUGGCGGGGCUGCGGCCCAGGAUGGCCGCCUUAGGGUCAACGACAGCAUCCUGUUUGUCAAUGAAGUGGACGUGCGGGAGGUGACGCACUCAGCGGCGGUGGAGGCCCUCAAGGAGGCAGGCUCCAUCGUCCGCCUCUACGUCAUGCGCCGGAAGCCCCCUGCCGAGAAGAUCAUGGAGGUCAAGCUCAUCAAGGGGCCUAAAGGUCUUGGCUUCAGCAUCGCAGGGGGUGUGGGGAACCAGCACAUCCCCGGAGAUAAUAGCAUCUAUGUGACAAAGAUCAUCGAAGGAGGGGCCGCCCACAAGGAUGGGAGAUUGCAGAUUGGGGACAAGAUCCUAGCGGUCAACAGCGUGGGGCUAGAGGAUGUUAUGCAUGAAGAUGCCGUGGCUGCCCUGAAGAACACGUAUGACGUUGUCUACCUAAAGGUGGCCAAGCCCAGCAAUGCCUACCUGAGCGACAGCUAUGUUCCUCCUGACAUCACAACCUCGUAUUCCCAGCACCUGGACAAUGAGAUCAGUCACAGCAGCUACCUGGGCACCGACUACCCCACAGCCAUGACCCCCACUUCCCCUCGGCGCUACUCCCCAGUGGCUAAGGACCUGCUCGGGGAGGAGGACAUCCCCCGAGAACCGAGGCGCAUCGUGAUCCACCGGGGCUCCACGGGCCUGGGCUUCAACAUCGUGGGCGGGGAGGACGGCGAGGGCAUCUUCAUCUCCUUUAUCCUGGCCGGGGGCCCUGCUGACCUCAGUGGGGAGCUGCGGAAAGGAGACCAGAUCCUCUCGGUGAACGGUGUUGACCUCCGCAAUGCCAGCCACGAGCAGGCUGCCAUAGCCCUGAAGAACGCGGGUCAGACGGUCACCAUCAUCUCGCAGUAUAAACCAGAAGAGUACAGCCGCUUCGAGGCCAAGAUCCACGAUCUUCGGGAACAGCUCAUGAACAGUAGCCUGGGCUCAGGGACGGCCUCCCUGCGGAGCAACUCCAAGAGGGGGUUCUACAUCAGGGCCCUGUUUGAUUACGACAAGGCCAAGGACUGUGGCUUCCUGAGCCAGGCCCUGAGCUUCCGCUUUGGAGAUGUGCUGCACGUGAUCGACGCCAGCGACGAGGAGUGGUGGCAGGCGCGGCGCGUGCACUCCGACAGCGAGACCGACGACAUUGGCUUUGUCCCCAGCAAACGGCGGGUUGAGCGACGGGAGUGGUCGCGGUUAAAGGCCAAGGAUUGGGGUUCCAGCUCCGGAUCACAGGGUCGAGAAGACUCGGUUCUGAGCUAUGAGACGGUGACACAGAUGGAAGUGCACUAUGCGCGCCCCAUCAUCAUCCUCGGCCCCACCAAGGACCGCGCCAACGACGACCUUCUCUCCGAGUUCCCCGACAAGUUUGGAUCCUGUGUUCCCCAUACCACACGGCCCAAGCGCGAGUAUGAGAUAGAUGGCCGGGAUUACCACUUUGUGUCGUCCCGGGAGAAGAUGGAGAAGGACAUUCAGGCGCACAAGUUCAUCGAGGCUGGCCAGUACAACAGCCACCUGUACGGGACCAGUGUCCAGUCCGUGCGAGAGGUGGCAGAGCAGGGGAAGCACUGCAUCCUCGAUGUCUCGGCCAAUGCCGUGCGGCGGCUGCAGGCGGCCCACCUGCACCCUAUCGCCAUCUUCAUCCGCCCCCGCUCCCUGGAGAAUGUGCUAGAGAUUAACAAGAGGAUCACGGAGGAGCAAGCUCGCAAAGCCUUCGACAGAGCCGCCAAGCUGGAGCAGGAGUUCACCGAGUGCUUCUCAGCCAUCGUGGAGGGCGACAGCUUCGAGGAGAUUUACCACAAGGUGAAGCGUGUCAUUGAAGACCUCUCAGGACCCUACAUCUGGGUCCCAGCCCGAGAGAGACUCUGACCCUCCCUGGACUCGCCUGCCUCCACCACCCGGGCCCCUGGUCUGGACUGAACCGCCUACGCCCUUCGUGCCCCCACCCCCGCCUCCUUCCACCCCUUCUUAUUUAUUUCCUUUCUAACUGGAUCCAGCCCACUGGAGGGGAAAACCCCUCUGCAUGUACCCUGCACCCCAGAGCCGGGCUCCUGAACCCCAGGAACCUGGGGUCUGGUGGGGAGCCAGGCUUCUGGCCCCGAGCCUGUGCUCCUCAGGACGCCCACCCUGCCCGCCCCCAACGCACAGACAGACCCACAGGGGGCCGCCCACCUCUCCCCCAUCUUCUCCCACACACUCCAGAAGUCAGCUCCCCCACCCCACCCCCCGCUACUGAGCGCCCACUGCAGGGACGCAGGCUGCAGGCCCCCACUCUCCUGAGACAGGGUCUGGGGGUCCCCCCUGCCCCCAUCAUAAUUCCCCAUACCCCUGAGUUCUCAUUUAUUUUCACCAUUCCCCCCCUCAAAGGUGGUUUUUUUGGGGGGAUACGUGGGGGGACUCCACUGUGGGCCCCCUGCCUUCCACAUGCCCCCCCACCUUUUUUCUUUGCUGGUUUGCAUGAGUGGAAGGUUUAAUUGUGGCUUUUUUUUUUCCCUUCCUGGGAUUUUUUUCUUUUUCUUUUUUUUUCUCUUUUCUUUAUUUUUUUUUGUUUUUGGGGAAAGGGGAGGGAUAGG